GCCAAGUAGGGAUGAUCUUGCCCAUGGAGCUUUCUUGUUAACUCACUCUACUUGUCUUGCUGCACCUUCAGCAAAGACUAGCCUCUGAAACGUUUUAUUAAGUCCUCUGUGGAAGAAGAAAAAAAUGUGGUGGUUUUGAACAAAUGUCGUUGGGGAUUAACUAUUUGUCGAAAGAUGAUGAGUCCUGUCUGCUGAUUCUUUUCAUCCUACUUUCUUACCAACUUAGAGGGUGUAUGCAGUUGUGAUGAAAAUACUGCUUUUAAAUCCAUCUUAGCAGGAGAAAUACAUUGGCUGCUCUGGCAAUUGAAGCACGCUGCAAAAUGGAGCGAGGCCACUAGAAACAAAUGUGGGUUUCAGUCUUAGAGGGAGCUUUCAAGGUCAACUUUGGAGUAAAGAAGAUAACAGCAGAUCUUUGGGAACUGUAUCAUACGUUUAAAGCAAAACAAGAGAAGGAGGAGGAAGCUGUGGUCCAACCAUGAUAAGGAAAACCCCUAAAAAAGGAAAUGCUGAGAAGCAGUGCAGCUUUCGCACAGGUCAGCAUGAAGAUGUUACUACACAAAGAGAAGUGGUCUAUGCUUUGCCAGGUGCUGACGUGACCCUGCUGUGCACCUUCCCAAAACAACAUGCCACCUACAUAAUACAAACACAGUGGUCCAAGAUCGAUGACAACCAGCUGACCAGAAUAGCUGUUUAUCACCCUGUUUUUGGCACCCAUUACUUCACCUUUCCUGAGGCUUCUUACAACUUUUCGGUGUCCUUCAGCACAACGAAGUGCUGUGGCUGGGAUGCUACAGAGGCUUUGUGUUCCUCCGAUCUAAACACCAUGUCUGAAUGCAAUCAGUGGGCUCUGCAGCUGAAAAAUGUUACCAUCUCCCUCAGCGGGCAAUACGAGUGCAGUUUUGCUACUUACCCAUAUGGGACAAAGGCUGCAAAAAUUCAACUUAUUAUCAAGGAAGACGAGGAGCAGCACUAUGUGAAGGAAGUACAGCUAAACCAGACUUUAGAAAUUCCGUGCAUUGAGGACACCACUUCAGAAAAUUUGUCCGAUUAUCCUUUGAAAUGGCUAGUGGAGGAAAAUGGCAGGACAGAGGAACUUGUGACCAAGGAGCCCUCCUGUCCUGCAGUGUACAGGAAUGACAGUGUGCUGCAUGGGCAAAGAGUCCACCUGGGUUUGAAAAACACUCUAAUGAUUUUCCCCACCAAAAUCACGGAUGAUGGCAGGGUGUUUUCCUGCCAUGUAGUGUACCACUCAGAGAGAGUCCAGAAGAGCAGAACCACAGUGAGAGUAUUCGCCUACCCUGAGAUCUCUGUCAGCUUGCAGGAGGGCUCAGCUGGCACCACACAGAAGCCUAAUGUGAGCUGUGUCGUGAGGAAGGCAUUUCCCAAGCCAAGCCUCGUGUGGUAUAUGGAUGGAGUGAGCCUGAUGGAGGAGCCUGGAGAAAUUUCUGUUGAACAAGACUACUUGCAAGACAGCGAAGGUUUCUAUCAGCUGACAUCAAUGCUAAUGCUGCAAGGGACCCACCAGACACAUAAGACAUUCUCCUGUGUGUGUCUUUUUUCCUUCCUUGGGAAUGAAACAUGGAAUAUUUCAUCAGAAAUACUUGUUUCCUUUGACAAUAAGGCUAACAAAGUCUCAUCUCAAGCUUUUACCACCAUGGCUUCAGAAGACCUUGGAAAUUCGGCACUUCCAUCAGCUGUCAUGACUACCUCAGAGCACCAGUCAACAUUUUUGUCCUCUCUGGAUUUCACAAGACAAGAAGGCUGGCCUCCUACUUCCACGACACAAGGAGUGCUGAUUUCUACUGCAGAGACAAAAAGCUCUACCAGCACCACAGCAUUCAACGAGAAUUUGACAACAGCAGAUUUGAAUAAUUCCACCAGCAAAUCCCCACAAAGCCUCAGGAACGCCGCGCACUCUUCUGAGAAUACAACCUUGGCUCCUCGUAACCUGUCUUUCAGCAUUACAGACCAGCCAAUUUCUGUUACCAGAGGGAAAUAUUUCCUUACUACCAGCAGUCUGCUCAAUAGUACUGGUGGUGCGAGGGACACAGAAGGAAGUCGCUUCCCCUGGCCAACAGUGGUAGCCGUCCUGCUCCUCUUCUGCAGCUUUCUAAUAGCUUUAGGUGUCAGGAAAUGGUGUCAGUACCAGAAAGAGAUUAUGAACAGACCUCCACCAUUCAAGCCACCACCACCUCCAAUAAAGUACACCUCCAUGGUGGAGUCUGAUGGGACUCCUGCAUCCUGUCACGAACUGGAAAACCUAUAACAUCACCUACACCUCUCAUGUAGCACACAGAAGACUGACAGUUAAAAGCCUCUCUCUUUAAAAUAGUGAUUACAGGAGUUUGGUGUUAAUGACCCACAUUAAAAUUCAGAGUGCCUAAAUGACAUUUAUGUUGGAAGCUGAGCACUUCUGAGGACACUUACUUCAUCCCGUCUAUCUCUAUUUAUGCACUAUGUUAACACCAUUGUGAGUGUUACCAUGAGAUUACAUGUGCUUAAUUUGAAUUUUGAGAUCAACAGGGAAUUUGCUGUCUUAUUAAUAGGAGCAGAUUAACACAUCACUCUGCCAGCCUGCCUGAAGAGCAUUGAAGCUUUUUGUUUUACUAAGUAUAUAGACAUGACAGCUCUGCCAUGUGGACACCACAAUUACAUGGGAAAUGUUGUUUUAACACAAGCUUUUUGAUACCUAUAUGAGCAGUUCUUACAGUUAUUUUUUUUUACUAUACAAAUAUUGACAAAUAUGACCCAGAGUGUCAUUUCCUAUCACUGUGAAACAAACAAACAAACAAAUAAUCAGCACCUUACAUGGAAAGAAAAUAGUCUGCAUCUGUUGUCACUGCCUUGCAGCACAGGAUCACAGGGAGGGACUGGUGAGGUGAAAGGGCACAGUGCAGGCCUGGUGGAAGUGUCCACCAAGAAGACUCAGUUGCUGUUGGCGAAGUCACAAGAAAGAAUCAACUUUGGGCUCAUGUACAAGCCACAUGGGGACCAGAGACUUAAGGACUGAAGUCAAAAAGGACCCUAAAGAUAAUUGAAAGUGCCUGCCCUUUUGGAAGAGCUGUGCCUUUGAAACAGUAAUCGUUGUCUUGUCUGUUUUUCUGAAAUUGUAUUUACGGUACAUACGAAGAAAAAAAGGAAUAUAAUCAUUUUCUUCUCCUUUGGUAUUAAUGAACUUCUACCAUUUGCUGGCUUCACAUUUUUCAAGACCUCAGAGGUAGUCUCCCAGGUAGCUUAAGCCUGUGGAAGGGACAGUCCAGUCUUAUCCCUGUUCUACCUGAGCUGAGUAAAAAAACCUUGCAUUGACACAAAUUAUUAAAUGACCAUUUGGAGGGUGGGAUCAGCCUGCUACACAGUUCUCAGCCAGUUAGGUAGCUGCAUGAUCACCAAUGCAAGGCACAAGAGCUGCAGCAGGAGCACUGCUUUUGGCAGCAGUGUGGUCUUUCAUUGCCUUUAGCCAGCCAAGAAACUAUCCCUCCAAGAUUGUUUGACAAUAUAUUGUUAGCAUAAUGGUAUUUCUGUAAUUAAGGCAAAUCAUCUAAAAUUCAAUAAUAUUUAGCUUAAAAAUGGUAUUCUGAUUUAAAAUGGGAUUUGUUUUAUUUACUGCUAAACACUGGUCGAUGAUUAUCAGGGUUCAGAGCACUGUAUUUCCUGGGACUUUAGAUGAAUGAAUGACUUACUGGAAAGAAUGAUC